GCUGGCUCUCAGACUUCUCAUCUCCUUACAGUCAGAGUGAACUGCGGGGGCAGACGGAGUGGUUUGCUGCAGUCCUCGACAGCGGAAAGAGCCUGAAAUAAGGAUUUUUUAAUCGAGCUGUAUCGACUUACAACUCCCGCUUUUGUUUCAUUUUUGCAUCGUGCGUUUUGGACUUCGACAAACGGAACUUUUCGUUUCUCUGGAGUUUGGAGAGACGUUUUUUUUUUCGGAUAUGGACAGUCGGCGAGCCGCUGCAGGGAGCGACUGGCCGGUGUUCACUCAGUAGUAACAGGAAUAAAACUGUAAACUUGCCGUCUAGGACUUUUACUGGAUGUUUGAUGAAGCGCUUCGCAGUUUUGCUCAAUUCUGGGACUCCGUGGAUUUACCAGGUUCAGAAACGGAUAGAUUCUCGUGAUUCCCAGUCGACGACAAGAAGGAUUUACGCUUCCAAAGUUGCAGGAAAAACAUGGAGACUGUAAGUCGGCAGAGCUUCCAGCCUCAUCCGGGACUGCAACAAACUCUCAAGCAGUUUCACCUCAGCUCUAUGAGCUCUCUGGGAGGACCGGCAGCCUUUUCUGCCCGGUGGCAACAUGAGCUCCUCUUCAAAAAGGACGGUAAGGAGCCCGAGCCAGUUCUACAGCAUCUGCCUCCGCCGGUGAUGCCGGGCCCGUUGUUCAUCCCGUCGGACCGCUCCACGGAGAGGUGCGAGACGGUGCUGGAAGGAGAGACCAUCUCGUGCUUUGUAGUUGGCGGGGAGAAACGACUGUGCCUGCCGCAGAUCCUCAACACGGUGCUGCGGGACUUCACCCUGCAACAGAUCAACUCGGUGUGCGACGAGCUGCACAUCUACUGCUCCCGGUGCACGGCAGACCAGCUGGAGAUCCUCAAAGUCAUGGGGAUCUUGCCGUUUUCCGCGCCGUCCUGCGGCCUCAUCACCAAGACGGACGCGGAGCGGCUCUGCAACGCCCUGAUCUACGGAGGCGCCUACCCGCCACGCUGCAAGAAGGAGCUGAGCGGAGGCUCGCUGGAGCUGGAGCUCACCGAGAGGAGCUUCAAAGUCUACCACGAGUGCUUCGGCAAGUGCAAGGGCUUGUUUGUGCCGGAGCUGUACACUAGCCCCAAUGCAGCAUGCAUCCAGUGCAUGGACUGUAGACUCAUGUACCCGACCAACAAGUUCGUGGUGCACAGUCACAAGGCGCAGGAGAACAGGACUUGCCACUGGGGCUUCGACUCGGCCAACUGGAGGGCGUACAUCCUCCUGGGCCAGGAUUACACGGGGAAAGAGGAGACGGUCCGUCUGGAGCAGCUCCUGGACGAGAUCAAGGAGAAAUUUGACUUCGCCAACAAGUACAAGAGGAAAGCAUCGUCCAGGGCCUCUGAUCCCAUCCCAAUCAAAAAGUCCAGACAUGAAGAUUUCCCAUCCCAAUCGCCACUGGCUGACAAAGAGAAGCAGCAUGACUGGCUACAGUCCCUGUCAGCUUCCAACAAGGGGGUUAACUGCAUUCAGCCGAGGCAGAGGCCCUCAGCUUUCAGGCCUUGGUCCCCCCACAUCUCUGCUGGUGAUAAGGAGCCCUCCAGCCACCCUCUGGCCCUGCUGAGAGACAGCUUCUACAACUACAAGAGCCUGGAGAAAGCUGUGGCCCCCAAUGUCGCCCUCACACCGCUGCCCCUGGGGAAGAUGGGUCCCAUGUCCCCUUCAGUUCCCAGCACCUCCCACCCAAGCGGAGGUGAACCCCCAGGUGAGGGUGCCAACCCUAACUCGAGGCCUCGUAAGAGAAGAGCCACAGGGGAGCUCCCGCCUCCACCACCAGAAGCCCCCUGCCCUCCAUCCUCAGUUGCCAGCAAGCCGCCCCUGCCGCCUCAGGAUGAUAAAGACUCUGAGGUGGAGAUCGAAGUGGAGAGCCGCGAUGAAUUCACUUCGUCCCUGUCCUCCCUGUCGUCACCAUCUUUCACUUCGUCCAGCAGUUCAGCCAAGGACCUGAGCUCACCAGGUGCCCAGGGGCCCGUCUGCACUGUCACGUCGGCCGAGGGCGCUGCGCCUGCAGUAGCACCUACCGCAGCCCCUCUGACCCCUCCAGAACUGGGGCUGGAGUCUGAGCUGGAGAGCCUGAGGCAGGCACUGGACAGCGGACUGGACUCCAGAGAGUCAAAGGAGAAGUUUCUGCAUGAGAUUGUUAAGAUGAGAGUGAAGCAGGAGGAGAAGUUGGGAUCUGCCCUUCAGGCCAAACGCAGCCUCCAGCAGGAGUUAGAGUUUCUGCGGGUGGCCAAGAAGGAGAAGCUGCGGGAAGCGACUGAGGCAAAGCGAAAUCUGAGGAAGGAAAUAGAGCGCCUGCGAGCCGAAAGCGAGAAGAAGAUGAAGGAAGCGAACGAGUCGCGGAUCCGUUUGAAGCGCGAGCUGGAGCAGGCCCGACAGCUGAGGGUCUGUGAUAAAGGCUGCGAGGCUGGCCGUCUUCGUGCAAAAUACUCUGCACAGAUUGAGGACCUCCAGAUGAAACUGCAGCACGCUGAGGCCGACCGUGAGCAGCUCCGAGCUGAUCUACUGCAGGAGCGGGAGGCCAGAGAGCACCUGGAGAGAGUGGUGAAGGAGCUACAGCAGCAGCUCUGGCCCAAAUCCAACAGUGACAAGGAAGGGACACUGAAGGACUCGUCAGCUGACAACUAAUCCAGCUGCCAGCCUCACUGCCCAGCUCCCCCCACACUCCCCCCACACUCCCCCCCCCCCCCCCCCCCCCCCCCCCCCCGCCAUGAUCAACAAUAUCUUCUGCCCAACUCCCUCCACCCUCCCCCCCUGCCAUGAUCACCAAUAUCUUCUGCCCAACUCAACCCAUAAACACCCCCUGGAGUCCUGGGCUGGCUGCAUCACGCUCACCCUCCGGAACUCAGAAAUACUAGACUUGCCCUCUGACUAGAGACGGAGAGAAGAAAUAAGGACCUGUGUCCUUAACCAUGCCUAUGAAAAGUCAAGUGAGUGUUUUCCUUGGAGAAUGACUGAAACAGCAAUGCUACAACAAGGAAACGCGUGUUUCUAAAUCAAGCACUGACUUGCACCUUCCAAACUCACAGAACUGAAAACUGGAUCACAAGAGUGAAAGAAAAAAAACUCAUGUAUAGCACUAAAUGUGUUUGUGCCUGUAUUUUCUCUGACAAGAAAAUGUGGUGAGACUUUUGGACGGGCGUGUGUUUUUAAUAAAUGCUGAAAGAUGAUCAUAUCAUGUAAGAGUUACACAGCUGUUGAGAGGUUUUAAGGCGCUGUGGCCAGGAGGUCAGGGCUCACAUUUACCCUCCAAAAAGUCUCCUCCACUGUCCCUUGCCAUGAUGAACAUGGAGGAUUUUGAACACAUUAUAAGCUAUUUAGAGACUACAUAGCGAUAUGUAAAGAAAAAAAAAAGACAGUCUCUUUGUUUCUCUGUGCUUUUCUGAGUUUGAAAAUAUAAAAGACACAAAUGAAUUAGAUAAUGAACAAAACAAGCAAAAGCCACCAGGCUUUGUCAGAUUUUCAGGUAGCCACUGCAGUCCACUUCGGGGUGGGUGGGGGACCAGUUCAAAGUUCAAGCGACCUUUUUUUUUCUUCUGCCUGUUACUGUUUUAUAAAAUCAUUUAUUUCUAAUUUCUCCAAACAGUGGGUGGGCUUCAGGUUGAUAUUUUUCUCUCUUUGGAUCAAACCCUGGAUUGUAAAUUGGAAAUAAAAACAUGCUGUGUUAAAGGCACAAGUGCUUUUGAAUGAGCGCUUGUUCCAGACGAUCAAUAACAAUAUCCAACAGUCGCCAUGUCAGUGUUGCUCACACACACACUUACACACUGGUUGCCAUAUCUUAUUUUCAGCGUUUGGGUCACAACCCUGAAGUCUUUGUCUUCUAAAGAUAAAAUACUCCAGAUGUGAAUGUGGCCUUUUUUCCCCUCAUCUUGUAACAUUUAAGUGAAGAAAGCGGCAUGUUUUUACACCAGUUGACAUUAGAACCAUCUUAAAUGAAAACAUAGUGGGCUGGAUUGAGCGCCCUUGACAAGAACCACAAAAAUGUUCAUUUUAAUUAAAUUAAGGUAUGUAAAUAUAAAUAUAUGUUGUUGUUUUUUUUUUAACGUUACAAUAAUGAAUCGCACUUUUUCAUAACAAAAUACUGUUAUAAUGCAUUGUACUCCCACUAUUGUCUUCAAUCUUACUUUGAAAACUUCAUCUUAUACAUGACUGCUACCAUAUAAAUCCAGUAAGCAUUUUGUUGAUUAUAUGCAUCUUGAAUAAAUACUGUUGUUCUGUUUUCUUAAGGCAAGGUAUUGUAAAUAAACAGAGAGAAAAAGGCUCCACCUGUUGCUUGCUGAUGCAGUCGGGUUUGUUGGAAAGUUUUGCUUUCUCCAGUUUUUGUAAUAUAAUUGACACAGAUGUCGCUUGAGUACCCACUUGCAAACUCCUAAUGAAUUUGACAAAACCUGGUUAAUGCGUCAGGAGCCUGAACAAGCAGUCACACGUUCGAAGAAUGAAACCUGAAUUUUCUCCGGAGGCAGAGGCCAUGAAUCUGCCGUCGCAUAGUGGGUACAAUGCAAUCAGAAUGUACAUUGUGUUAAUGCUAUUUUUCCUUUGGUUGUUGAUGUUGUUUUAAAUGUGGAGAUAUUUUAUUGCUUGUCUCUUAUGUUCACUUUCAAUAGAAAACUCAUAUUUUCUUUAUGCAUGAAAUCUGAAAUACAUGAAGUUUGCCAUACAUAUAGUCAGUUAUUGGGCAUUGAUACUGUACAUGUAAGGGUUUUAUUGUGUUAUGCAAUAUAAAGCAAUUUGUCUUAUUUAGAAGAGGAAAAGUAAUUAAAAAAAAACAAACAGCGGACCGUAUAUUGUUCUUGAGAAAAAGAACUUCACACUUGCAAAAAGCAGAAGGCAACGACAACAACAACAAAAAAAAAAGAACAAAGGAGAAGAGAAUUUUUGUUAAAUGCAAUGCUGGACAACCUCAAGUGCCUGGACGAGGGCGAAAGGUUUCCAGAGUAGGAAAUUUGAUGAUGAAGCUGUUGGUGCUGAGCCUCUCAUCAACUUCCUGUUUGCAGCUUUCAAAUUUAAAGCCCCUCCCUCACUCAGCAGCUCUGAUUUAAAAUAUAUAUAUCUAUAUAAAAAAAAAAAAAGAAAGAAAGAAAAAAAGAAAAAAAAUCAGUAUUUUUAAAACCAACCAGUUUACAAACUUUUUUUCUUUUUCAGAGAACAGUUGAACAAAUGCUAGACGCUUAAGGUUUUUUUUUUUUUCCUGAAUGAGUGCUCUUUUUUUUUUUCUUCAUUUGAAAUCAAUGAUAUGCAUGUUCAAACAAUUUUUAUAGAAGACCUUAAAAAGCCACUUGCGUUGGUGAAUUGUUACUUUGGGUUGUAUAUAAAGACUUAACUGUUUACUCCCAGUUUGUUGACUUGUCCUGAGGCAAACCUGUCAAGGAUAACAAAGAGGGCAUUAAGGUAAAAGCCCUUUUCUUACAUUACUGAUGUUGCUCUGAGAAACCAUUCUGCAUCUGCGACUUUGGCAGACCUAAAAUUGGUACAUUUUGUAGUUGUUUUUACACUCAAAAGAGUUGAUAGCCUAUGUGUAGUUUACUUAACUCAUGGUUUUCUACAAAAAAAAGGGAGACAGUAACAACAUUGGCUCUUCACUCUCCCGCACAAAAAGAAAAAAGCAGUUUAACGAAGUCUUGUUUUCUAAAGGAGAAUCAUUUUGCUAAAAAAAAAAAUGGCAAUAACAGUCCAUAUUAAUAGACAAAUACUAGCCAGUGUGAAGAUUUGAAUAAGAAUUUACAAAUGUAAAUAUUUUUUUCAUUUACAAUAUUGUAUAAUAUAUGUACAUGGUGUUUCCUUUUUCAAAGAAAUCUUUUCUUACAAUAGCUGUCUUGUUUUUUUGUUUUUCUGAAUUUGUGUUUUAACUGAGAUGUUUCAAAAACAGUUAAUGCAGUGCGUAAGAGAAUAUUCCCUACAUAAACAUGUUAAUCCAUUUCUUUUCAUUUUUUUUUUUUUUUUACUGUAGAGUCUUUAUAUUGAAUGACUUUUUUCAUCAGUCCAUAUAUAUUUUUAACAGUGUGUUUAGUAUCAGAUAGCAGGCCUAUAGUAUGGGUCUCUCUCUCUCUCUCUCUCACACACACACACACACACACACACACGCAUACACACACACAAACACACGCACACACAGGACUGCACCACCUUGCAGAUUGUUUCCCUCUCAUUCUUAUUUAUCAUUUUAGCCCUGUGCUGCUGCUAAUACUAUAUAAACCUUACAAUUCUAGAAAUAUUUUUUAUGUAAGAGGUAAAUGUAAGCUUUCCCAUUUAUUAAUGCCACAUAUACAGUAUGGAAAAAAAGCUUGGCGUAUUCAUCUAUCUCCCUUUUUCCCCUCAUCUUUUCACACCUUUUUCCUCAUCCCUGCUCCAAAAACACCCUUCCCCUUCUCUCACGACACGGACUAUAUUGUAAAGUAAAGGACUUUAUGAGAUUAUGUUUGAAAAUAGCUAUGCUUAUAUACAACAGUGACUGAAUGUACAGUGUAUAGAUGCAUUACCAGAAAUAAAGUUGUUUGUCCAGA